AGUUCAUGGCUGGGGUUAGGGGGAACUCUGGCCUGAGGGAGCUUGAUAGGCUGUAUUUGCGAAACCUGGGGGGUGAGAGGACCUGUGAGCUCCAUCCCUAAGAUAAUGAAUGGCAGUAAAGAGACCAGGUGGGAAGAGGCCCAGGGAAUUAAUUAAAGGAGGCAGAGGUAUGUGACUGCUGUUUAUAGGGUCCUUGGGUUUGGACCUGGAAUAUUUGGUGGGCCCAGGUCCUGCCAGUGGCAAAAUAGCUAAACCCUAAUGAAGGGCUGGAUUAAAAAGGACCUGAAGACCCUGGUGAGGACUGACUGUGGACUCUUUGCUACUCUGGAGGGGGUUCAUCUAUUUGACUGUGGUACUUGACCAGAGAGCUGAGCCACUGAAGACCUGCCUAGCAAGGUCAGCAACCUACAGAGGAUGCCAAGAGCAGGGGGGAAAAGACUGAAGUGCCACACCCAGCUGACAAGAAGCAGUCAGGAGGUUCAAAAAAGUAAAUGUGAGGAGGCUACAAAAGUGGCUAUUGAAGUUGGCUUCCGCCAUAUUGAUGGAGCCUUUGUAUAUGGGACUGAGGAAGAGGUUGGGCGAGCCAUUCAUGAGAAGAUUGCAGAUGGGACAGUCAAAAGAGAGGACAUAUUUUACACAGGAAAGAAAGAAGAGAUAAGAACUUCUUCAGAAAGAACAGUUGUUUUUGGAUCAUUACAGCUUGGGAGUACCUUUCACCGUCCUGAACUUGUCCGAAGCUGCCUGGAACAAUCACUGAAGAAACUUAAGUUUGACUAUGUUGAUCUCUUCAUUAUCCAUAUCCCUGUGUCUCUAAAGCCUGGGCCAGAUUUAUCACCAAUGGAUGAAAACGGAAAACUCAUUUUUGAUAUUGUAGAUCUGCGUCAAACUUGGGAGGCCAUGGAGGCAUGUAAAGAUGCAGGCUUGGUGAAGUCCAUUGGAGUGUCCAACUUCAACCGCAGACAGCUAGAAAUGAUCCUGAACAAACCAGGGCUCAAGUACAAACCUGUUCUCAACCAGGUUGAAUGUCACCCUUACCUCAACCAAAGCAAACUGCUGGCCUUCUGCAAAUCCAAGGAUAUCCUCUUCGAAGCCUAUUGUGCUCUGGGCUCACAGAGAGACAAGAUGUGGAUAGACCAAAGCACCCCAGUUCUGCUGGAGGACCCAGUAUUGGGUGCAAUUGCCAAAAAAUACAACCGAAGCCCCGCUCUAGUAGCCCUGCGCUACCAGCUGCAGCGUGGUAUCGUGGUCCUUUUCAAGAGCUUCACCAGAAAGCGUAUUGAAGAAAACUUCCAGGUUUUCAACUUCCAGCUCUCUGAGGAGGACAUGAAAACCAUUGAUGGGCUGAACAAAAACCUUCGCUACCUGAACUUAAUACAACUUGUGGACCACCCUCAGUUUCCAUUUAAAGAUGAAUAAUGAAAAGAAUACUUUCAGUGUUCCUGAUUUUAUUUCACAUGUGAGGAAUCACACACAUUUCAUCUCCUUGCUCCAUUCCAGUGAUUAGUCCAAGAGAAGCGCCCUGUUCUGGAAGCCCAACUUGUGCUGGUGAUAUCAAGAGAUCUAUAUUGUACAUUUAAACAGAAAUUCAAAACAACUAGGUCUCUGAAUGGAGUGGUUCUGGAUUGCUAAUGGGGAAAAAAUAAAGGUGUCUGUGUAAUGCA